UCGCCGGUACGGUCGCGAAGACGGGUCAGGCGCUCAACAUUCCCGACGCUUACGAAGACCAAAGAUUCAAUAGAGAUAUCGAUCAGAUGACAGGGUAUACCACUAAGAAUCUGUUAGCGAUGCCUAUAUUCAGCAAAAAUAAAGUGAUAGGUGUCGUACAGAUGGUCAACAAAUUGAAGGGAAACUUCAAUAAGAUGGACGAAGAAAACUUCAGUACAUUUGCUACGUAUUGCGGACUGGCAUUAGAUCACGCCCGGUUGUACGAGAAAAUCCGAAAGUCUGAGCAGAAGAAUAAAGUGGCGCUCGAAAUACUCUCCUAUCAUAACACCAGUAAUAAUGAAGAGCUGGAGAGGACUCGCGAGGAUAUCGGCAAAUUCAAAGCACCCGAUGUCUUAGAACAAUCGUUUUCGCCGUACUAUUUGAGUGAUGACCACAAACUGCUGACUACUAUUAAAGUGUUUGAACAAAUCAGCGGUAUUCCUAAUCUUGAUAACGAUGACCUCUAUAGGUUCACAUUAAGCGUACGCAAAAACUACCGCCGGGUUCCCUACCAUAACUGGACGCAUGGGUUUAGUGUAGCCCACAGUCUGUAUGUGUUCAUUCACGACUGCGACCGUUUCACCAAGCUCGAAAAGUUGGCCUUUUUUGUCAGCGGCCUCUGCCAU